AUGGCAGCAGACAGCAAGCCGGCUCCUGAAGACAAGCCGGGCGCUGCUCCUGCAAAAAGGGCUGUCCACAAGAUCCGAACAGCCAGCCUCGUCGUUAGCUUGGCACGAGGCUGGCAGCAGUGGGUCAGUGACCACAACAUAAAGCAAGCGCAAGAGCCCUCUGGGUGGRUACCCAGUAAGGAGGACUCAUCAGCUCAGCUGCUACAAGAAAGAGCGCAUGAAAAAUGGUCAAUACCAUCCGCGGAGAAGCAUCAGACGGAAGACGAUGGAAAGUCCUUAGCAAAGGAGCCGGUGACAAUAAGGGAUGAUGAAAAGAAUUCAAGGGAGUCAGAUGAAGCCCUCAAAAAGCUGAACAUAAAAAGCAAAGAGGUUCCCAAAACGGUUGUAAGUAAAGCCUAUGAAAGAGGAGGUGACAUCAGCCUCCUCAGCAAUAGAUAUGAACAUGACAAUAGCAGCUCAGAGAUGAUAAAGCAGAAAGAAGAAUCAAGUGCUAUUGACAAAAUUCUUAGUGGUAAAUUAUCUCCAACUAUGAGGAGAAAGUGCUCAAACGUGGUGUCAGAGCUGAGCAAGAGCUGGAAAGUGAUGGAACAAGAGAACAAAGCUCCUAGGCAGGAGCUGCUACUUAAGUGCCAGGAAGACAGCGUGGAUACAGCGGAUAGUGGCUAUGGAGAAGCAGAGGAUAGAGUUGAGCCGGAAGAUGGUGACCAAGAGAAAGUGGCUGCUGUGAGGAUUAAGGAACCUGCAUCAUCUCUUGCCUGCAAAUUUACUGAAGAAAUAAGCAGGAAAGCRCAGAGGAAGUACAGCCCUGUCGGCAGCCUGAAACACAGAUGGCAAGAAUGGGCGGAUCAGCACAUCCUAACACAGAAGCUGAACCCCUUCAGCGAGGAGUUUGAUCACAAGCUGGCCAUGUCCACGCGCCUGCACAAGGGAGACKCAGGCUACGGCCAUCCCAAGGAGGGAACCAAAACGGCGGAAAGGGCCAAGAGAGCCGAGGCCCACAUCCACCGGGAGAUGCGCGACCUGUGCUUCAUCAUCGAAUCCAUGGCCAAGCCCCGGCGCGACGGCAAGGUCCAAGUCACUUUUGGGGAGCUCUUUGACAGAUACGUUCGUAUCUCUGAUAAGGUUGUUGGGAUCCUCAUGAGAGCCAGGAAACACGGGCUGGUGGACUUYGAGGGGGAAAUGCUAUGGCAAGGCAGGGAUGAUCAUGUCGUAAUUACUCUACUAAAAUAA